AUGAGCGGUGACGCUAGUCAGUCAAGAAAGAAAAAAAUCGAUCGGAGCCACACCAGCAGUGCAAACACUAAAGCAGUUCAAACAGAAUCAGGUAAACAACAACGAAGGACUUAUCCAGACAAAAUCAAUCUCGAUGAAUCAAAAUCAAAACACCCUACUAAUACAGUCAUCGUUGGUGAUUCAAUCUUGAAGCAUCUAUAUCCUAGGAAAUUGCAACAAGGGAUAAACGGCAAAGCUAUUAUCAAGACCUUCCCUGGAGCUAGCAUCGAUGAUAUGCUCCACUACGUGAAACCAACAACCGAAAAGCAACCUGAUCAUAUUAUAUUGCACAUUGGAACAAAUGAUCUUCGAAGUAAAUCUCCUGAAGUGAUGUCUGUGUUGAUCUCAGCGAUACAAAAACUUGGUGAGUCUAUUCAAGAAAGUAAUAGCAUGUUGGCCGACAAGGUAAACAUGUAUAAUGAGAAAUUAGAAAAUCUUUCCCUAGAACGCAAUUGGGGACUUAUACAACAUAAUAAUAUUAACAAAGUACAUCUUAAUAUGUAUGGUCUUCACCUCAACCAGCGAAGAAUAGCAAUGCUAGCUGGUAACUUCAAACGUUUCUUAAAUCAAACUGUAAAUUGAUAUUCAGCUGUGGUCGAGAGAGAUUUAACUAAUUUUAAUUCUGAUAAACUAUGCGAUAAAAUCCCAAAACAAGCUUUUCCAAAAUCAAGGGGAUUCAAAGUUACGCAUUUAAAUGUAAGAAGUUUAUAUAAGCAUAUAGAAGAACUAAGAAUAUAUCUUCAAGAGCAAUAUUUCGAUAUAAUUAGCUUAAAUGAAACCAUGCUCGACUCCUCUAUUUCAAACCAUGAAAUUAAAAUUAAUGGAUACGAUAUUGUAAGAAAGGAUAGAAAUUGGCAUGGUGGAGGAGUUGCAAAUUACCUACGCAAUUGUUUAAACUAUACAGUGAGAGACGAUUAUAGUGUCCUGUGA